UUCACGGCAUUCGACAGUGGGUCCUUGUUCUUCUCUCAGCACCAACGACGAUGCACUUCUUUCACUUGCGCUUGUUUUCAGUUUUCGAGUUGUGCCAUUGACGAAUUUAGACAAACAAAACGUUGGCCAUAGUCUAUACCCUUCACUCCGAGUGCGAGGUGAAUUCGCCGUAUUUGAAAGCCCUAUUUUCUUUUCGGUUUAAAUCCGUAGAAGUUGAACCCAUUUUCCUGAGCACCCUGCCUUCUGGAAGUUGCGAGUUAGUGUAUUAUGUAGUCGUUCAGAGAGCCUUUUUUACAGGAUUUUCCCAUUAGAAAGCCAUGGCUGGUAGAGCUGAAGGAGAUCAUAAGGAGCCAGUAAAUGAACAAGUAAUUGCAAAUAUGUACGGCAAUAUGCGAUCUGAGCUCAAUCAAAUUUACUCAAAAAUCACUGAAUUGGAGAUGGAAGUAAGUGAGCACUCAUUGGUCAUCAACGCCAUUCAACCACUUGACCAAUCUAGACGCUGCUACCGAAUGAUUGGAGGUGUGCUGGUGGAGAGAACCAUCAAAGAGGUUUUGCCUGCUGUGCAACGAAACAAAGAAGGUCUUGAAGAGGUUAUUUCCAGGCUGAACGAGGCCUUGGAGAAGAAGAAAAAGGAAAUCGCCGAAUUUGAGGCAAAGUACAAAAUUAGGAUAAAAAAGCCUGAUAGUGUGGUAAAGGAUGACAGUGGCCGGAAGGAAGGCUCUGCACAGGGAGUCCUUGUUGGUCCUGCAGGCGGAAGCGAAUGAUGCGUCUCUUCUUUCCUUCCCAAGAGACUUUUGUUUAUUGAAGUUGUUCAACAAGCUGUUUUCUGCCUUGGCUACAAUAUAUUAGGUGUUGAAGAGAAAUGGAUGUGUGGUAUAAUCAGUUUACUGGAAUUUGACUAGCUACUACUGAAUGCUAGAUUCUAAUAACUAGCGGUCAGAUUAUACAUUCUCUAUGGAGAUAUUGUAUUCGACUCUAUAAGAGAACUAAACCCAGUGAUUUAUUUGUUGCAAGUGAUAAGACUCUUUUUCCCUAU